AUGGCUUUGAUGGUGUCCCGUGGCGGUGGAUGGCCCUACGUCCAGCUGCUCUGCGGCUUCCUCUGCGCAUCCCUGGCCUUCCAGAUUGCCCAGGGCAUCUUUGCCACCUUCUGUACUCACGCUGCAGGCCUGGCUGGGAAGUUCCAGCAUUUGCUGCUUGUCAUGUUGGUCUCAGCCGCCCUCUCCAUCCCGUUUUGGCAGUGGCUUUUGGGGAAAUUUGGGAAGAAAACGGCCGUGUCCUUGGGCCUGCUGCUGAUCAUCCCAGCGCUCGUGGCCAUCACCCAGGUGACGCACAACUUCCUGGCCUUCAUCUUCCUCAUGAUGGUGGCAGGCUGCAGCAUGGCUGUGCUCUACCUGCUGCCCUGGUCCAUGCUGCCCGACGCCGUGGACGACUUCAGGCUGAGGAACCCCAGCUGCCUCAACCUGGAGGCUCUCUUCUACUCAUUCUACGUCUUCUUCAACAAGUUUGCAGGCGGCCUUGCCGUGGGGAUAUCGACGCUGAGUUUACACUUUGCAGGUUACCGCGCUGGAGACUGCAGGCGCAGCCCCUCCGUCACGCUGGCCCUCCAGCUGCUCAUGGCCCCCGUCCCAAUCAGCCUGCUGCUCGCUGCCGUGGCCAUCUUCUGCACCUACCCCAUCACCGAGGAGAGGAGGGAGCAGAUGAGAAGGGAGAUGGAGGCAAUCGGGGCUCGAGGGGCCGUGGGGGCCGCAGCCCUCGCGACGGCUCUCACGGACGCUCGUGUGGCUCCUUCCGCAGGCUCCGCGCAGAGCCCGGCGGCGCCGUGUGAAACGGGCCCUGCAGCGGGCGUGCGCGGGUCGGAGAGGGCCCUCCUUAGGGAGCUGCCUUCUCCGGGCUGGGCCCCGUGGCUCCUGCACAGGGCAGAUCCAGGCUCCUGCGGGGACGGCACCGCGCCAACCUCGGAGCGGGGCUCUCCAACACGACGGGCCACCGAGAUGCCACUUAGGCGCGUGGCUUUGCGUGCAUGUUGA